AUGUCUGCUCAUGCGCAAUCGUCCACGUCCACCGACAACACUCGUAGCACCACGUCUACCACUACUAAUACUAAGCACAAACCACCAGCAGUCCGAUUCAAAUCCGACUUUGGCACGAUUUCCAAUGUCUCUUCUUCUGACUCGACUUUAACCGACUCUCCGGCCACUUCAACGACCCCGCUCCUCUCAGCUAAUGCCGCGCUCCAAUUCUCGCGCCCAAAAGUGGUAACAACACCGUUGCGUACAACAAAGACUUCUCAAAAACUUGUGCUGCUUCCUGAGCAAGCAGAUAAAGUAAGUAGUGAUGCAGCAGCAACUCGUGAGGAAGAAGUGGAACCUCAGUCCCCAUUGGUUAUGCGGCCAUCGGUUGAUACAUGGGGACGUACAGAUGCUGAGAGGAUGUCGAAGGAGGCGAGGCAGAGUAGGUGUCCAAGGGUUACAGCAUAUUGUACGGCUGACGGCUACUAUUUGAAUCGCUUAAUGAAAUUUCUGAGGAAGGAACAUAAUGUUCAUCCGAGGCUCUAUGAUGAGUGUCUCUAUGCUCAAUAUUUCUUUCCUCUAACUCUCGGUAAUUCUACUCUUCUCUGCUCUUCGACUUCACGCAAAUCUUCAGAUGGACACUCAAUAAUGGACAAGAGAAUUGAUCAAUAUGAAAUGCAACCGGGCACCAGCCAAUACUUUGAUCAAUAUGAUACUGACGAGUGUACAAACGAGGCCUGCGAUCAAUCAACAGGUUCGAACAACACGACACCUAAUAAUUACGCAAUUCCAUCCCCAGAACUCAACAUUGGAGAAGUCUUCUUUUUCGACUAUGGCGUUGUCGUCUGUUGGAAUUUAACUAACGAGCAAGAGAUAAUGUUGCUUCGCGACUUGGUUACUUCGGGAGUACUCAUAAGGCCAUUGAAAGAAGUAAUAGAGCCAGAGACGUUUCAUUUUCAAUACGAUUUCAAAAGUGGACGACAGCCGAGAAUCUAUAACGACAUGAUUACGUUAAAGAGUGGAAAUCAUAUGACAAAGUUAACCAUUAGUCAUGCUAUUAGCCAGAGUACAAAACUGACCUUGUACGAGUGGCAGAUGGAAGAUACGAUAGAGAGAACAAAACCUAUUCCGAAAAUGCUUGCCGAAAACGGCAGAUUGGAUUUAGAUAGAACGACUAUCACUAAAUUCACUGGUGAGAUGUAUAAACUAAGGAUGAACGUGAAUUUGAUAUCAAAUGUACUUGAUACUCCAGAGAUUUUUUGGUCAGAGCCCUCUCUAGAACCAUUGUAUAAUGCAAUAAGAGCCUAUCUCGAAAUAUCUCAACGAACCAAAAUACUUAACGAGCGCGUCAACGUAAUAAGCGAUUUAUUAGAUAUGUUACGUAAAGAUAUUGGUGUAUCCAAUAUGAGAAGAAUCACCUGGAUUAUUAUAUGGUUAAUAGUGGUGGCAGUGUUUGUUGCAAUCGGAGAGAUUGCAACCAAAAUGUUAUACCUACGCAAAUAA